AUGUCUAAGGCGACGCACACGCACGGUCUGAUGAAGGACCCGGAUCUCCCUGUCACCCCCGAUGGGGUCACGUACCAUCUGAACUGCAAAUCUGAUCAGCUGGCAGAUCGCAUCCUUUUGGUUGGCGACCCCGGCCGCGUGGAUACCGUGGCGGCGUUCUUUGAUGCGGGCAGUGUACGGUUCCGCAGCGAGAACCGUGAAAUAUUUAUUGCCACCGGAACGUACAAGGGCACGCCCGUCUCCGUCUUGAGUACGGGGAUGGGAACUGACAACGUGGAGAUUGUCAUCAACGAGAUCCAUCUGCUGAAGGAGUAUGACUUUGAGCGCUGUGCGUGGCGCCCACGUGUGGGCGAUGCGGAUGUACCGCCAGGCGUCAAGGUGUUUGAUCCAUCGUCCGUAAAAAUGAUUCGUGUCGGUACCUGCGGCUCACCGUUUCCUGACAUGCCGCUCGCAGCCCUCGCCGUCACGCGCCAUGUCAUUGGUAUGGACAAUACAUGCCUGUACUACAAGGUCAAAGAACAGAUGCAGAAGUCUAAGGAUCUGCAGGAGGUGCAGCGUGUGGUGAAGGAGCAAACCAGCCUUGGUGCCAUCGACGUGUAUGCCACAAAGGCACAUCCCGCCAUAACGAAUGGCAUUGUGGCUGCGUGUAAGGCGUUCAAUGGUAAUCUGCCGGCUGGAGCAAAGGAGCAGCUGUACGUUGUUGGUGCAACCGCAACCGCGAGUGGGUUUUACGCCUGUCAGGGACGUGCUGUUGGUCGCUUCCGCGAGCACCUCUUGGUGCCAAAGUGGGGAGGAGCUCUCGA